AUAAGCAACUUGAAAAGGCAGAUCUUUUUGGCCCUUCCCAGGAGGAGAAGAAGAAGAAAGAGAGAGAGAGAGAGAGAAAGAGAGCGUAAAGCUGUGAAGUUUCCUUCGUUUGGUUUUAAUGGCGGAAUUGGAGAAGCAGGAGAAAGUUGUUGUAAAUGGAAAGGAAGAGGGAGGAGGAGGAGAAGAAGAAGAAGAAGAGGAGAGGCUGUUGGAGGGAAUGGCGGUGUUGGAUUUCGACAUGCUCUGUUCGACGGUGGCUUUGCAAACGCAAGGCAAAUGGAGGAAGCUUGAAGGCGCUGAGGAUUGUUUAGAACAAGGAAACGGCAACUUGGGUGGCGUUUUGAGGAUGUGGGAAGGUGAAGUUGUUCUUGAUUUCUUCGAUGACCGCCGCGUUGCUCUCGAAUCUGCCUGUUGCCCCUGCUACAGAUUUGGGAAGAACAUGAGGCGGGCUGGUUUCGGUUGUUGUUUUCUUCAGGGAACUGUUUAUUUCAUUCUUGUUGUUAGUGCUUUCCUCAACUUCAUUGCCUUUAUUGUCACCAAGCGGAAUUGCUUUCUGUAUUUGGCUGUUGCUUUCAUCAUAUCAGUUGGAGCAUAUUUGGGUUUCUUCCGUACACAGAUGAAAAGAAAAUUCAAUAUUAAGGGUAAUGAUAGCUUAUUGGAUGAUUGCGUCUAUCAUCUUAUCUGCUCGUGCUGUACAUUAUCCCAGGAGUCCAGAACACUGGAGAUGAACAAUGUCCAAGAUGGUACAUGGCACGGUCGUGGUGAUACAAUAUGCAUAGGAAGCUAUGGUGAAGAGAACAAAGCCUUCUUUGAGCUACAGCCUCCUUCUCCUAUAUCAAUUGGGACUCCUGAGCCCUGUCCAAAAUAGUUAAAUGGUGGUGACAACGCAUGAACAUGAGAAGCUGUAUUCAAAGGUCUUAUCCAACAUUGGUGACAACGUCAAAUUACAAAACAUCCCCAGUAAUUUAUUCUUUGAUGGAGGGAUGUUAGACAAGCAGAUGGAACAGCAAAGUGUUUGCUGCAAGCUUGGACCAUAGAAUCCUGCUGGACUGGUGAUUCGUUUUCUUCAAAGGACUGGUCAUUUGUUUUAUUCACAGAAGAAAGAUAACCCCGUUUCUGUAAGCAUACAAGGAAACUUUCUAUUUGUAGCAGUUUGGGGGAGGUUAUUAGGGCAGCCUAUUCAAUUUUACAUUUCAUUGUCACUUUCCCCAGAUAGACUUUGGGUUUAUAAUCCCAUUGAUCUUUAACUAGAUUGAUUAGGGUACACCUAAUUCACCAUGACUGCAAUAGUAGACACUUCUCUCCAAAAGUGUAUUUUUUUUAAUUUAAAGAAUAGCUUGGAAAUAGAUUUCUUUUUA